ACCUUUCGUUGACUAGAAAAAUCGAGAAACAAAGAGGAAGAGACAGAACUUUUGAUAGUGGAAGAAAUGAGAAGUGGGGUUUCAGCUUCAGCUUCCCAAUCCAACCUGUGUUCUCCGCCAUCUAUACCCCGAGCUACCCGUUAUUACUAUGCAUCCAGCUCUCUCAUUCCUCGUACUCUAUCUUCCCCAGAUCUCAAGCUCAAAGGCCUCACAUUUUCUGGAGUGAAAGGACCUCAUAGAAUCAAAAUAGCUUGCAAUAGCAGCACCAGACCCGGUGGUUCUGGCUCUGGUGAUGGUGACAGCAGGAGUGUUCUGGAUGCAUUUUUCCUAGGAAAAGCUCUGGCAGAAGCCGUAAAUGAACGCAUUGAGUCUACAGUGGGAGAGUUUUUGAGUACCAUUGGUAGGCUGCAAGCCGAGCAACAAAAGCAAGUACAGGACUUCCAGGAAGACGUGUUGGAAAGAGCCAAAAAAGUGAAGGAGAGAGCAGCACGCGAGGCCAUGGAGGCACAAGGACUCGUUUCAAAGUCUACUACUACAGAACGAAAAACACCAGCCACUGAUCGUGUUAAUUCAGUUACUCCGUCCUCCGUGAUUGGUGCCGCCGCUUCCGCAAGUCCAUCCUCACGGUCCGGUCCGACUACCCCAACCCCCACGGCCCUGUCGGAACCGGACGCUGCCAACAAGGAAUAACCUGUUUUAGGGGUGUCAAAUGAUGACUAAUAUAUGGGUGUUACUUACUGUGGAAUCUGAUACAAUGAAUAUGUCCUGUGUCUCACCCCGUUUAAUAAGUUAGUUAUUAUAGUCUCUUGUAGCAA